GAGGGCGAGCCUGGCUGACACACACACGGCUCUGUGUCUCUCUCGCACUUCCUCGGUUCUCUGUGUCUCAAACCCUAGAAACACUUAAUGGUAUCCGAGUUUACACCAGAUUGCUUAAAGCUGGUUUACGUAAACGUGUGGUAGGAAAAUUUGUGUGUGGAAUUUAUCUCUCUCUGUCAAGGCUCUGGACUUAUCAAUGGAAUCAGUGAGUCUCUGAAGGCGAGGUUUUGUUUAGGUAUCCGGCACAGAUUACGGACUUGGGUGAUAAUUUGAAACUCUCCCGUCCACCUAUACGUUAUCAUAUAUAGGUAUCUAGCACCGCGCGCGUUUCACCAUGGUGGUCCAGUACUCCGAUUGCGUUACUGAGUGUGGUUUUGGGUCCUUCGUUCGACUCCUGUUCAGACAAGCAAUAAAUAUAUAAAAUCUCAAGCAGUAAAAAAAAACACUCAUUUUUUUUUAAUAUAAUUUUACGUUUGACUUUUUAAUUAGUGUAAACGGUAAUAGGCAAGAAAAACUAUAUGAACAUUGCUUGAUAUAUUGAACUUUAUUGUAAUGUGAAAGCCAGACUCCGCCGCCUCCCGCUGGUAAAGCCCCAAUAGUCAGCGCCUUCACCACUAGUCAGCUACCCAGAGGUCAGCAACUUCGUCAGGAGAGAUAAGACCCCUUAUAUCUCCGUCAACAGACAGACUUUAGAUAAAGACAGACAGUAGAUAAAGGGGCCAACUACGUUAGCAGAUAAGGUCAACUCUGUCAGCGCUUUCUUCAGCCCCCUGUCAACCGUGGUCAGCGCCUCUGUCAGCGGAUAAGGACACCUCUGUCAAGACCUCCGUCAACCUGGUGCAGGAUGGUUGUGACCUACACUAACAAGAUCGCCAACCUCAAGGGCUUCGGCUCCUUCUGCAGACUUCUGAUAAGAUGGAGGGGGAGCGUCUACAAGAUGGUGUGGCAGGACAUGUUGAUCUACAUCCUCCUCUUCUACGCCAUAUCCUUCCUCUACAGGUUCGGCCUCAACGAAAAUGACAGACUGAUAUUCGAGAAGGUGUCGAUACACUGCGGGCACUUCCGGAACCUCAUACCCAUCUCCUUCGUGCUGGGCUUCUACGUCUCCCUGAUAGUGUCGAGGUGGUGGGGCAUGUACAACAGUAUACCCUGGCCUGAUACCCUCUGUAUAUACCUCGCUACCCACAUCCAGGGCACGGACCCGCGGGCCAGGAUGAUGCGGUGUACAGUGGUCCGGUACGUGAACCUGGCCAUCCUCAUGACCUUCGCCCUGAUAGCCCCGGGGGUCAAGAAGAACUUCCCCGGCUACCAGCAGCUUGUUGACGCGGGAUACAUGACAGAUAACGAGAAGGCUAUCCUGGAGUCGCUGGAGCGCAAGACGAAGGAGCACAAGACCUACGUCACCUUCAUGUGGGCCAGCAAGCUGGUGGACCGGGCAAGGCGGGAGGGCAAGAUCAGGGACGACAUCGCCCAGAAGACCAUCACAGAUGAGUUGAUCAAGAUCCGCGGCUUCUGUGGCGAGCUGUUGGGCUGGGAUACCUAUAAUAUCCCGCUCGUCUAUACCCAGGUAGUAACAAUCGCCGUGUACUCGUUCUUCCUGUUCUCCGUGUUGGGAGAACAGUUCCUGGACCCCAACAAGAACUACCCCAACAACAUCAUCGACCUCUACGUGCCCAUCUUCUCCCUCCUUCAGUUCUUCUUCUACAUCGGCUGGCUCAAGGUGGCCGAGUCCCUCAUCAACCCCUUCGGCGAGGACGACCACGACUUUGAGUUUGUGGCCUUGAUCAAGCGGCACUUGGAGAUGUCGUACCUGCUGGCAGACGCCAGCCCCCAGGAGUACCCCACCAUGGUGCAGGACGGCUACUGGGACGCAACCUUAGAGGCGCAGAACGAGAAGAAUGAACUGACCAAUUCGGCCUUCAUCCUGGCCAACCGGUUUGUUGUCCAGCCGGACGAGGUGGUGAAGGGAGAGUGUGACAGCCCUUGCUAGUGGGUCAAACCUCUCCUGCGUCUGGGAACGAUCGUUCGGCUACCUGCUAACAAGCCAAUUACAGCUGACUCUCCCUCGUUACAGGGGGUUUACAUUCUUACAGUAAAAUGAAGCUAGUUCAGAGUAGUUAAUUAUCAAAUAUGAUAGGUAACAAAACAAUGUAAUUUCUGACUAUGAUGUUUAAUGCACAAUCGUCUUUACCUCACACCGCCUGAGGGGCUGAGCCCGUCCUCUCAUGUGUUACCCCGCACCUUCCACCAGACAACCCCUCACCCGUGUCCUCACAGUGUGAUGGGUCCUGUGUCCUCACAGUGUGAUGGGUCCUGUGUCCUCACAGUGUGAUGGGUCCUGUGUCCUCACAGUGUGAUGGGUCCUGUGUCCUCACAGUGUGAUGGGUCCUGUGUCCUCACAGUGUGAUGGGUCCUGUGUCCUCAGUGUGAUGGGUCCUGUGUCCUCACAGUGUGAUGGGUCCUGUGUCCUCACAGUGUGAUGGGUCCUGUGUCCUCACAGUGUGAUGGGUCCUGUGUCCUCACAGUGUGAUGGGUCCUGUGUCCUUACAAUGGAAUCUUGUUAUAUAGAUUUUCAAUUACAUUUCGAAUAUAUGAAUGUUAAUUUAAAAUCUUGCGUUUAUAUAAUUACGAAUAAUUUAUAUUUACAAAGCUGUGUUUUUAUAUAUUACCAUGCAUGUGUUUAAGUAUUUACGAAGAAUUUAAAUGUUUGCCAACAUGUGUUAAUAUAUUUACAAAUUUAUGCAAUAAAAAUUUUGAAUUUGUAUAUAUA